AUGAACAAAAGGUGUUCAUUUUUCUUCGGUUCUUGUACAAAGGAAGUGAAGCCCUUUAAGAAUGUACCUAUAACAAUAAGAAGUGAUAAGUGUAUUGGUUUUUCACAUUGUCCAUCCUCUUUUAAAUGCAUAAUUGCUGAUUUUGAUGAGUGUAAACCACCUUACUAUAGGACACUGAUCUUUAGACUCGUUGAUGAUAGGACAAAUAAUGCUUCAUUAUUUAAUUUUGAGUGUGGUUACUUUUAUGUCAAAAACAAAAGUCCUAAUUUUCAUAAUGGAUCAUUUUAUUAUCUUAGUGACAAUGGAACAUUGGGAUUUAUAAAAUUAACUGAAAGAGGAGCGAGUAGGAAAAAAUUUAAUACAUCUCGAUCUCCAUGCACUAACACUAUCAAUAGUUUUAUAGUAGAAUGUAAUGGCAAUCAAUUGUCGGUAUUUGAAGGGCCUUUUGGAAAAUGGGUUGAAAUUUUUGAGUUGAACAAGUUAACAAUGACAUGGACCAAAGUUGAAAGCUUGGUAAAUCACAUGUAUUUUGUUGGCAAUACAUCAUUUUUUGCAAAGGGGAAAAUUGCAGGAAUGGAAAACAAAAUAUAUUUUCCGAGAUUCUAUGGCGGAAGUACUGUGUUUUACUCAUCCGAAACAAAAAAGUUCUACACUUUUGAAGAUGAAGUUGCGAAUUUUGAGAGUGUAAGAGAACCUCCUAAUUAUAGUUGGAUUUAG